AUAGCCGUCGUCUACAGGGGCACGUUUGUCCACUCGACUCAACAAACGGCGCUAGAGAUCCUGGAAGAUGCGCUCCUGGGAGUGGAUGCACAGGGAAAGAUUGCUUUUAUCAGGGAAGGCAAGGAGUUAGAAAAACUGUCCCAGACCUUUGGAUUCAAGACAUCUGACAUCACUCAGCUGGCACAACAUGAGUUCUUCAUGCCAGGACUUGUAGAUACCCACAUCCAUGCAUCACAGUAUAGCUACGCUGGCACAGCAUUGGACAUGCCGUUACUGCAGUGGCUUAAUGCUUACACCUUUCCUGUGGAGUCACGCUUCAAGGACUUGGAGUUCGCCCGCAAGGUCUACUCUCAAAUAGUGAGAAGAACUCUGAGAAAUGGAACAACAACUGCAUGUUACUUUGCUACGAUUCAUACUGAAGCUUCUCUGUUGCUGGGCCAGAUUGCAAAUAACUUUGGACAGCGUGCUUUGGUUGGCAAGGUGUGCAUGGACAGGAACGAAUGUGUGAAACAUUACAAAGAGACCUUGCAGGAUUCUCAAGACGAGACCUGUCGGUUCAUUAAAGAGCUUCUGGAGAAAAGGUACCCUUUAGUGAAGCCUGUGGUCACUCCCCGUUUUGCUCCAUCCUGCACAGGAGCGUUGCUCGAGCAGCUGGGAGAAAUCGCUAAAAAUAACAACCUGCACAUUCAGAGUCAUAUCAGUGAAACUCAUGAGGAGGUAAAGCUUGUAAAGGAGUUGUUUCCCGAAUCAGAGUCUUACGCAGAUGUCUAUUACAAACACAACCUGCUAACUGACAAGACAGUGAUGGCCCACGGGUGCCACCUCAGUGAUGAAGAGUUGGCUCUGUUCAGAGAGACUGGAGCCUCUUUGUCCCACUGUCCCAAUUCCAACUUUUCGUUGUGCAGUGGAGUGUUAAAUGUCCGCAACGUCCUGAAACACAAAGUAAAGUUGGGGCUGGGAACAGAUGUGGCCGGAGGCUACUCCGCCUCUAUGCUCGAUGCUGUGAGGAGAGCUCUGGAUGCAUCUAAAGUCUUGACCAUCCAGGACCCAAAAUACAAAACACUCAGUUUUGAGGAGGUGUUCAGAAUAGCCACACUGGGAGGCAGUCAGGCCUUGUCCUUAGAUGACCAAACAGGGAACUUUGAAGUUGGCAAAGACUUUGAUGCCCUGAGGAUUAAUGUAGCUGCUGAGGGUGGGCCUAUCGAUCUCAUCCAGGACGAGGAACCAAAGAUUCUUUUGGAAAAAUUCUUGAAUUUGGGUGAUGAUCGUAACAUCGUGGAGGUGUUUGUAGCUGGCAGGAAGGUGGUGCCGAUCACAGAAUAAAUACAACUGUACCUGUCUCACAGCCUAAAAUACACGUCCAGGAUAUCCAACACGAUAGAAAUCAACCCUGUGCCUGCAAAAGAGACAAAAUUGAAUUAAUCAGAGCAUAAAACAGAGACUGUAUUUCAAUUCACAUAAGCCCAGUGGUCACCUGAGCUGGAAUACAGUCUGCUGCAUGAGUCUUUAAACAUAACUGCUACAUUGUAAA